CUCCCGAGAGGGGCAUUCAGCUUUGGGGCUCAGGGGCAGGGCCACUCGGGGAGGGGCCAAAGGCAGACACUCCGCCACCCCCGCCGCUCACGCCCCGACUCUUUCGCCGCCUCCAGCCUCUGGCCCCCGGGAAGCCGGACUAACCGCGGCGGGCGUCUGAAGGCGAGGGGAGGUCGGCCACAAUUUCCCCGGUCCACCUUAAGAGGACGAUGUAGCCAGCUCGCGGCGCUGACCUUAGAAAAACAAGUUUGCGCAAAGUGGAGCUGGGGGCCCGGCCUCUGGGCAGCCCCCGGCGGCGCUUCCAGUGCCUUCCAGCCCUCGCGGGUGGCGCAGCCGCGGCCCAUGGAGCCCGCCGGCCCGGCCCCCGGCCGCCUCGGGCCGCUGCUCUGCCUGCUGCUCGCUGCGUCCUGCGCCUGGUCAGGGGUGACAGGAGAAGAGCUGCAGGUGAUUCAGCCCGACAGGUCGGUGUCAGUCGCCGCUGGAGAGUCGGCCACUCUGCGCUGUACCAUCACUGCCCAGGUCCCCGUGGGGCCCAUCAAUUGGUUCAAGGGGACUGGGCGAGACCGAGAAUUGAUCUACAGUCACAAAGUCCACUCCCCCCGGGUAACAAAUAUCUCAGAUAACACAAAGAGAGAGAACGUGGACUUUUCCAUCCGCAUCAGUAAUAUCACCCCAGCAGACGCCGGCACCUACUACUGUGUGAAGUUCCGGAGAGCAACUCCUGAAAAUGUGGAGUUUAAGUCUGGACCAGGCACUGAAGUGUCUGUGAGUGCCAAACCCUCUGUCCCUAUGGUAUUGGGUCCUCCGGCAAGGGCCACAGCUGAGCAGACGGUGACCUUCACCUGUGAAUCCCAUGGCUUCUCCCCCCGAAACAUCACCCUGAAGUGGUUUAAAAAUGGGAACGAGCUCUCAAACGUCCAGACCACCGUGGACCCCACAAGAGAAAAGGCCUCCUACAGUGUACACAGCACAGCCAGGGUGGCGCUGGACCCCGGAGACGUCCACUCUCAGGUCAUCUGUGAGGUGGCCCACAUCACCUUGCAGGGGAUCCCUCUCCGUGGGACUGCCAACUUGUCUGACACCAUCCGAGUUCCGCCUACCUUGGAGGUUACCCAGCAGCCCACGAUGGCGGGGAACCAGGUGAACGUCACCUGCCAGGUGGAGAGGUUCUACCCAGAGAAACUACUGCUGACCUGGUUGGAAAAUGGAAAUGUGUCCCGAACAGAAACAGCCUUGACCCCCGUAAAGAACAAGGAUGGGACCUACAGCUGCACCAGCUGGCUCCUGGUGAACUCCUCUGCCCACAGGGACGCUGUGGUGCUCACCUGCCAGGUGGAGCAUGACGGACAGCCACCGGUCAACAGAAACCAUACCGUGGUGUUCUCUCCCCACCCGAAGGAGCAGGGCCCAGAUGCCACCACUGACGUGCCUGCCAGGAAAGACUGGAGCAUCUAUCUCGUGGUGAGCAUCGUGUGUGCCUUGCUGGUGGCUCUGGCGAUUGCAGCCCUCUACCUCUUCCGGAUCAGACAAAAUAAAGCCAAGGGUUCCACUUCUUCUACAAGGUUGCAUGAGCCCGAGAAGAAUGCCAGAGAAAUAACCCAGGUACAGUCCUUGGUCCAGGACACAAAUGACAUCACCUAUGCAGACCUGAACCUGCCCAAGGGGAAAAAGCCUGCCCCGCGGGCCGCUGAGCCCAACAACCACACCGAAUAUGCCAGCAUUCAGACCAGCCCGCCACCCGCACCGGAGGACAACCUCACCUAUGCCGACCUGGACAUGGUCCACCUCAACCGGACCCCCAAGCAGCCAGCCCCCAAGCCUGAGCCGUCCGUCUCGGAAUAUGCCAGCGUCCAGGUCCAGAGGAAGUGAAUGAGACCGCAGCCGGCUCUAGGGCCCACCCCUGUGAGCUUUGUUGUCCCACGUGGAGCAGCAGUGAUAUGGACAGCCAGCCCAGUUCCCAGAGGGCCGGGGCUGCACUGGCCCUGGGACCAGGGUGAGGGCGGCUCGCCAGCACUUCCAGGGCAGCCUUGGCCCUCUCAUUACCACACAUCUGGAGGCUGAUUUUGCCAAACCAGCCAGGAACCGACCUGGGAAUUGGGCAGAGCCGCCUGGGGUCCAAGGACUCCUGUGCCUCUAUCCAUCAACAUGUGAGUCUUGGAGACCCUUGACUGCCUCCUUGAUGCUCCAAAGCCUGAUCUUCCAGGGUGAGGAGGAGAAAAUCCCAUCUCCCACCACCACCAUUUCUAUUACUACCCAACUGGGGCCUUUGGGGGAAAUUUUCCCUUUGGAUCAAACUGCCCCUCCACAGAGAAGCUGGAAAAAAAAAACUGGAACCUACAUCCCAUGACUUGGUGAGGUUGCUGCCAAUGGUCCUAGCCUCCCCUAUCUCUGGGCUGAGAGCCACAGCCCUGGAAGAGGAGGGGACCCUCCAAGGAAGACCCCCCACAAGAGGACCUGGCGAUAACACCCUCCUCUUCGUUGGGCCCCUCCAACACCCCUUGGGGCUCGACUGUGACAUUCCACCCGGACCCGCCUCUCCUUUCAGACCCGAGCUUGCUCCCUCCAGCUAGCACUAAGCAACAUCUCGCUGUGGACGCCUGUAAAUUAUUGAGAAAUGUGAAAUGUGCAAUCUUGAAACCGAGGUGUUAGAAAACUUGACCUGUGGUGUUUUUGUUUUGUUCUUUUCUUAAAACAACAGCAGCGUUAUCUUGGCUCUCUGUUAUGUGUUGAAGUACCUGGUUGGGUCUUGUGAAGUCUGAGGUCUAGAGGUUUGUUGUCCUGGAGGGAUUUUCUUUCAGCAGAAGCUGAGAUCCUCCAAGUCCCAGACCCCCGAGAAUGAGCAAGAAGGAUCCUUUUGGCUGUUCUCCGGAGACACUUAGCCCUCGAGUUGGGACUAUCAUGGCCACGUUCUCUGCUGAGCUGCGUGGCUGGUUCUGCUGCCUUCUGUGACCCCACUGUGGUAAGUCCAGCCUGCCCAGGGCUGCUCUAGGCCGCCUCUUGACAGUACAGUCUUGUCAAGACCUAAUGCCUCAGUCUGCGCAUCUGUAAAGUGGGGAGAGUAAAGAUGACAACCCUCCCCACCACUUCUCACAAGCACUUUAGGGACAUGCAGAGGAAAGGGACCCUAAGCCCAGCCACUGAGCCUUGCCAUUGGUUCUGCUCCUUAGUGACCGCCCCAUUCCAGAUCCUAGAAGGAGGAAUCUUCCAUUUCUGCUCUCAAACCCUAUCGGAAUCAAACUAGAAAGAAUCAAAGACAGGCAGGAGGAUAGCACAGCAGUGAAGCCAGGGCUGAUCCACCGUCCGUCCCCCUAUCCUGAGAGGUUGGGCAGAGGCUGUGACCCAGUUACCCUUUGACCUCCACCCUUCCAGUGGGGUGUGAGGACUUGGCUAGGCCCAAGAGAAACAGAUGUUGCAAGGCCUGUUUAUUCAGUCUUCACGUACAGCUCUUAGGGUUGAGAUGCCAAUGCUCAUGGCCCCCUGGUCACGGGAUGCUACGGGGAUUCCUGGCUUAGGCUAUGAAAGUAACAUGCCGAGCCAUCCUGCCCUUUCCGGUAGCACUUUGGAGCUCAGCACAUACCCAGCUUGACAGAGACUUGGUGUUUUCCAUGAUGGCAUCCAGGAAUUAGCUGAGCCAACAGACCAUGUGGACGGCUUCUGCUGCAUGAGCCAGAGCCCUUCUGGCAUCUGGGAGCCACAGUGGUUGUGGCCACCUGGCUCAGGCUGUUUCCAAAUUCCAAAAGAUUGGCGUCUAAACCUUCGUGUCCCUCCCUUCUGCUCAGAGACAAUACACACAAGUGCACGCACACAAAGACACACACACACAGAAUUUUAAAAGAAUGUUUUCUUGGUGCCAUUUUAAUUUAAUUUAAUUUUAAUUCUCGGAGGUGAAAAUAAGGGAAUGAGGCCACGGAAGAUACAUAGCUUUAGCUUCAGCCUGGCAACCUGGAGAUUCCAGAUACCUUGUGUAUGGAAGCCCAGGGAAAGGAAGAGGUUGAACCAACCCUGCAGAAAGAACGUGGUUUCAGAAGUUUAUUUUAAGACUGCUGGGAAGGAAACAGGCCCCAUUUUGUAUAUAGUUGCAACUUAAACUUUUUGGCUUGCAAAAUAUUUUUGUAAUAAAGAUUUCUGGGUAAUAACAA